CAGAACCGAGAGGCACAGUUUGGUAUGAUACCAUGGAAGGGCAGCACAACCACCCUCAUCAUCUCGGGGACCAGAACAACCCUCUGUGCAAGCUGCCAGGCCAGGAAUUCCAGCAUGACCCUCAGAGACAUUUAACGUCGUACCCGUAUCGCUGCACCUUGGCAGAUUUUCAGAUUGAGAAAAAGAUUGGACGAGGCCAAUUCAGCGAAGUUUACAAAGCAACUUGUCUGCUGGACAGGAAACCUGUGGCACUGAAGAAAGUGCAGAUUUUUGAAAUGAUGGAUGCCAAGGCAAGGCAAGACUGCAUUAAAGAAAUUGACCUCUUGAAGCAACUGAACCACCCCAAUAUAAUCAAAUAUUUGGACUCUUUUAUUGAAGACAAUGAGCUCAACAUUGUCCUGGAGCUGGCAGAUGCUGGGGAUCUCUCUCAGAUGAUUAAGUAUUUUAAAAAGCAGAAACGGUUAAUCCCGGAAAGGACGGUGUGGAAAUAUUUUGUGCAGUUAUGCAGUGCAGUGGAACACAUGCACUCCCGCAGGGUGAUGCACAGAGACAUAAAACCAGCCAACGUGUUUAUAACAGCCACAGGGGUGGUGAAGCUGGGAGAUCUUGGAUUAGGCCGUUUUUUCAGUUCUAAAACCACUGCAGCACAUUCCUUAGUGGGAACUCCCUACUACAUGUCCCCAGAGCGAAUACACGAGAAUGGCUAUAACUUUAAGUCUGAUAUCUGGUCUUUGGGCUGUUUAUUGUAUGAGAUGGCAGCUCUGCAAAGUCCCUUCUAUGGAGAUAAAAUGAACCUGUUUUCUCUUUGCCAAAAAAUAGAGCAAUGUGACUACCCACCUCUUCCAGCUGAACAUUAUUCUGAAAAGCUGCGGGAGCUGGUCAGCAUGUGCAUAUACCCCGACCCCGACCAGAGGCCUGACAUCGGUUACGUGCACCAAAUAGCCAAACAAAUGCACGUGUGGACCUCGAGCACAUGAGCGUGGCCACCAGCACAGCUCAGUCUUACUUGAAUCCUUUUCUCAGCUGAAAGCGGCUGGUGCCAGCUCACACGGGGGAGGCUGAGCACUCGCAGCAGAGGCUCCAGCAUUUGCAGGUUAUUUGACAAGGACUCUUACAGGUGGUCGUGCUUUAACGUGAAGAUUCUGUGAGGUAUUGCAAGUGAUUUUUWUUUUUUUUUUYAUUUUUAAGGCCAAUAAUGUUAYGGAUGUAGAUCAUUUAAGGGUCCUUUCUUAAAACUGUUGUGUGUAAUCUAGGAUAGCCGCUAUUACUGAGGGCUCGGCCUUUGCCAGGCCUUCUAUCUUAACUGUAAUGUGAAAUAUUAAAAUAAUUCCUUCAGUGAAAUCACUUUAUACUAAUGUAAGAAUUACCGUAGAUUUUGUGUAAUUUGUAUAACUGCUACUUUGCCUCUUCCGCAAAUGGUUAAUAGCAAAUUCAGUUUUUACUUGGUAUAUUUUAAAGCAGCCAUUUAUGUUUUUAUUAAUUCCCUCCUCUUCAGACUUAGGAACUGGGAAGGGUUGUGGGGUGGGAAACACUUUAGUUUUGUGAUUUCUUUUUUUUUAAUUGAAAACUUGGAGCAUUUUGCUGAUGCAUCUCUCUGUCAGAGAUGAGUUAAACAUGAGCCUGGGGAAGAGAAGACAAACAUGCCAAGCAAACCCAAACCAGCCUUGCUCCUGCAGAGAAUCACUCCUUACCCUCAUUUUUCCCUUUUGGAAUGGUUCUUCUUCACCUCCAGGUUCUUGUUUAAAACCAGUGUUUAUCAAAGCCAACUCAGUUUUGGUGCAGAGACUUUUACACGUUCAAUAGUACGUCGCGUACUAUCAGUGGAACUUCARCAGUGUUUAAACACUUGGAAAUUUUUUUUUU